AGACACAGCCCCUGCUGGCGCAGCCUCUCUGAUUUUUCUCUCUCUCUCUCCGCGUCCAGCUCUGGGCUUUUUCAGACAAGUGCAUCUCCUAACCAGGUCACAUUUCAGCCGCGACCCACUAUCCGUCUGUCACCGGAGUCAGACCGCAGGAGGAGGGCGGAGGAAGACGACGGCGUUUGCUUCUCCGACCGCGGGGUGGGAGGAAGGACACUAAAAUACUGCAGAAGUCAAGACCCUCCGAGGUCGGACCCUGACCGCGAUGCGCGCCCCUGGCUGCGGGCGGCUCGUGCUGCCGCUGCUGCUCCUCGCCGCGGCCGCCCUGGCGGAAGGCGACGCCAAAGGGCUCAAGGAGGGCGAGACCCCCGGCAAUUUCAUGGAGGACGAGCAAUGGCUGUCGUCCAUCUCGCAGUACAGCGGCAAGAUCAAGCACUGGAACCGCUUCCGAGACGAGGUAGAGGAUGACUACAUCAAGAGCUGGGAGGACAAUCAGCAAGGAGAUGAAGCCCUAGACACCACCAAGGACCCCUGCCAGAAGGUCAAGUGCAGCCGUCACAAGGUGUGCAUCGCCCAGGGCUACCAGCGGGCCAUGUGCAUCAGCCGCAAGAAGCUGGAGCAUAGGAUCAAGCAGCCUGCCCUGAAGCUCGCUGGAAACAAAGACACCAUCUGCAAGCCCUGUCACAUGACCCCACUCGCCUCCGUCUGCGGCUCUGAUGGCCACACGUACAGCUCAGUGUGUAAGCUGGAGCAGCAGGCCUGCCUGAGCAGCAAGCAGCUGACCGUGAGAUGCGAGGGCCCCUGCCCCUGCCCCACAGAGCAGACCUCCCCGUCCACCACCGAUGGCAAGCCAGAGACCUGCACAGGUCAAGACCUGGCUGACCUGGGGGACCGGCUACGGGACUGGUUCCAGCUCCUUCACGAGAACGCCAAGCAAAAUGGCUCGGCCAGCAGCGGGACCAGCCUGGCCGGGCUGGACAAGAGCCUGGGGGCCAGCUGCAAGGACUCCAUUGGCUGGAUGUUCUCCAAGCUGGACACGAGUGCAGACCUCUUCCUGGACCAGACGGAACUGGCCGCCAUCAACCUGGACAAGUACGAGGUCUGCAUCCGCCCCUUCUUCAAUUCCUGCGACACCUACAAGGACGGCCGUGUCUCCACUGCUGAGUGGUGCUUCUGCUUCUGGAGGGAGAAGCCUCCCUGCCUGGAGGAGCUCGAGCGCAUCCAGAUCCGGGAAGCGUCCAAGAAGAAGCCAGGAGUCUUCAUCCCGAGCUGUGACGAGGACGGCUACUAUGAGAAGAUGCAGUGUGACCAGAGCAGCAGUGAAUGCUGGUGCGCGGACCAGCUGGGCCAGGAGCUGCCGGGCACGCGCAGCCACGGCAGCCCCGCCUGCGACGAGAUCCUGAGCUUCUCGGGGGACUUUGGGAGUGGCGUCGGCUGGGAGGACGAGGAGGAGAAGGAGACGGAGGAAGCCGGUGAGGAGGCUGAGGAGGAGGAGGGCGAGGCGGGCGAGGCGGACGACGGAGGCUACAUCUGGUAGAUGGCCCUCGGGGAGCCGUGGCAGGCCAGGGUGCCGACAGCCGGGGGAGACGGGCCAGCAGAGACCUGGACAGAAGCAGGCAGCUUACGAAUGGAUCCGGAAAAUACAUUUGGAAGGACCCUGGCUCCAACAGGGAGGACUGGGUGUGUGCGUGUGCAUGGCACGUAUGGCCAGGCCGUGUGAAUGUGCGUGUGCGUGUGCGUGUGCGUGUGGCAUGCGCUGACAAACGUGUCCUUGGUCCACACCGCUCCAAAGACCUCCUCGUAGUUGUUUUCUUUCCAUUUAUUGGUGGUUUUAAAAUACACACAUUCACACACAUGUACCACAAGGUACAUCACAAGCUGAUGAAAUGAGAUGCUCCCUGCCGCGUCCCAAAGCCCCAUUCAGGCUGCCCUGACACCCUUGGGUGGCCCUGCGUGGGAUCCCUUGUCCCAGUGGCUAAUCUUGGUUCAGCCAGCCCUGACCUUGCCUGCCCUCUCCCUGCCCGUGUUUUGGGUGUCCCCUUUGCAGAGGGGAGGGAGGGUGGGGAGCUGUCUGCUGUCUGAAGUCCUCCUAAAGCUGGGCCGGUUUGGCUGUGACACCCACCACCCUCAGAUGACAUGGGCUGGCACACCUACUGUGGUGAGCCCUUUCUCUUCACAUGAUUCCCAGUACUGAGGCAACUCUGCUCUCCUAAUCCAAGCCAGAGUUACCGGGGGUGGCUGGGGCUGAGAGGCAGGGGGAGGAGAAGGCCUGGCCAAGCUGCUGGGGGUGAGGGGAGCAGAGUGAGGAGGAAGGAGAAGGGGCCCAGUGAGAGUCUGCCUUUGCAGAUCUGGCAGGAGCUCUUAGAAGUGGAGGCAGGGUAGCCCUGAGAGCCAAACCCCGGAACAGCCGGGCCACUUCCUGUGGGUCUCAGGUGGGAGCCUGUUCUGGGCUGUUCCCCUGGAGGCAGUGGGCAGUGGCUAUGCAGGUGGGCUCUGCCUGGCUUUGUGGGGGUUGCCGCCCUGCCCUUGGGCCCCUGGUCUGCUGCGGGAGCCUUCGGAUCAGGCAGCAGGUGAAGAGGUUGUGUCUUGGGGGGGUGGUAUGUGUGUGCACCCACCUCCCCUCUGGCCCGUUAAUGAGUGCUCCUCUCUAAUUAAGGCCAAUGGAAAGGUUGUCCCUGAGGCCUGGAGAAGGAGAAGCAGGGAAAACUCCACUUGCCAUGACCUUUCUCCAUCUCUCCUUAAGUCAGAGGCACAGGGCCCAUUUCCAUCCCCUCUCCUCCCAGCACCAGGGGUUACCCUCCGACCUCUCUCAGAGGGCCCCCUGAGGCUGCUCUAGCGGAGGGGCUUCUCCAAACUCUGAAGUGGUCAGAGGUUGUGAAGUCAGAGGGGAUAGGACUGGGGCAACCGGAAUCCAAAGUCACGCCUCCCUGUUCCCCCAAACCUCCUUGCCGGGUGGGAGCCGGGACGGACAAAUCCACGCCCCAUGCAUGGCGUGGCAAAACCAUCUUUUGUUUCAUUUUCCUGAUCUGCCCCGUUCUCCUUGUUGAAGCAAAUUCCUUAACAUCUUUGUUGAAGAAUUUCCAACCUGGACCUGGGCCUCUCAUGCCCUUCUGUGUGGCGUGAGCACAGUGUGUGUGUGUGUGUGUGUGUGUGUGAAUGCGUGCGAGAGUCUAAGGGCCGUCCCUGGGGGCCUGGGAGGGGAGGAGGGGUGCCUGUGUGCUGGGGGGGGGCAGCAGGGGUGGCAUCCCUCAGGCACGGCUUCCCGGGCGAGCCUCCAGCCUGUGCCUGUCAUUCUGCGGCAUGCGCUGCGUCUGGUGGACCUUAUGGAAGAGCCUCACCCAGUCUGCCCCUCUUGCCACACCCCGGGAUCACCAUCUUCCAAGUUUUCUCUUGGGGAGAAUAGUGAAACUGCAGUUAGCCCCAUGAACCGCUUCUCAUUCCGCAGCACAACGACGCGAUUCUGGUCGUGAAGGUGUCGCGCUGUUCCAGACACCCCUGCCCCCCUCGGCCCCAAGUCCCGUCUCCCCAGCCCCCUCCCUGUCCACCCACCUCCUUCCUCUGGCCCGGCUCAGUUCAGGGAACCACCCUCUGCUCUCAGAGCAGCCACCCCUAUCUCAAUGGGAGCUACUUGAAGCUUCCCCGAGCCCUCGAGCUCUCGCUAGGUAUGGAGUCUGUCUGUCUCUUCCCUCUGCCCCAGCUGAGGCUUCCAGAACUGUCCCUGGGAGCCAGCGGCUGUUGAGGAGGCUGGGGCAUUCCUGGGUGGGGAGGGGCACAGAGGAAGGGGCACCCUCCUCUGGCCAUUACCCUCCCCUCCUGGGGGCACGUGCUCUCUCUGUGUCUCUGGGUCUUCUGGUUGUGCACGUUUCUUAUGACCUUGUAAAUAUGUUGUAGAAAGAAAGCAAAAGGCGCUGAACUAGACCCUGGUGGGACUCAUGGGUCCAGCCUUGCCCUGUCUCUGAAGCCCCCGCGCUGCUUGUCACCCCACUCUCUGAGACUGAGGCCCGCCACCAAAGCUAGACAAAGCAGCUUGUUCCCAGUGGGUCGACAGCCUCCAAGGGACUUCUUAUCACACAAGCUGCAGGUCUGCUCGUGAGGAAGGUCGCAGGGUGGCCCUGCCUUGGCUCCUCGGAUGCAUGCCCUUGACCAAGCUGCCUACCACCAGCCCCUCCCAUGUCCUUCUACUGGGAUAUCCUCUCUCCCCUGGGUUAGGCGGGCAGUGGCAUCAGGGCUCUGUUGAAAAGAGCUCAACCAAAAUUUAAGAGAAGUUUCUUGCCUGGCCCUGGAGCUGUCCUCGGCCACCCCAGGCCUCCUCACCCGUGGGUGCUGGGAGAGACAGGAGUGUCUAAGAUGGGGUAGUCGGAGGUGGAGAGAACAAAUGUGCCUUGAGAGACCACUCAGAGGGCUCAGGGUGAUGGGGAAGGAGGCCUGGCGUUCGAGCUCAGGAAGGAGGAAGAGGAAGACGAGGUUGAUGAGGGCACCACGGGGCACCAUGACUGCCCCCUCUUGCCCUGCUGGUGCUGUCACCAACAUGUGGUCAGUGGUCACACCUCCUUUCCCACACUGUCCCCUGGAGUCAGUGGCCACCCCCACGCCUUUCAUGAGCUCUGUCUGCUUCCAGCUUCACCUCUUGAGUGGGUGGGGUCCAUUGGGACCUACGUGGGAACCCUCCAUUUCACCAAAGCCUCACCUCAGCCCUUGGGAAAGACGAGCGGCUAAUGUCCUGGCGCCCAGCACCCUUGUGAGGCUGUGGGCUGGCAGGGGUCCUGGGGAAGAGACACUGGGGGCACAGAAGGAGACUGGAGACAUCCCGAGGAAGUCCCAAGCAGAGCAAACUGCUUUAGAGCCUGAAGCCUACUUAAAUUGUGUAUGUGCAAUAACUGAGCUUAGAGUUAAGACUUGUGUUCAAGUGCUUGGAUCUCCGUCUGUAUAUUUAAGUGCUGAAAUUGUAUCUUUCAGUAAUUUUAGAUGUCCUAAAAAAAAUCGAAAAACAAAGUGUUAGACCGUGUAUGUGCAUUGAUGGGCACUCAAGCGUCCCGUGAGUUACCCCACCCUCUCCCUUUCCCCUGUGUCCCCAGCCCCUCACCCCCAGCACCCCCUCCACUUGGGGACCCCGCCUCGUGUUGUCUCUAUCGGCCUAUUACUCAGCCUAAGGAAACAAGUACACUCCAUACAUGCAUAAAGGAAAUCAAAUGUUAUUUUUAAGAAAACAGAAAAUAAAAACUUUAUAAACACCA